AUGAGUGAAACUAUACGGGGGGCGGCUGCACAAGAUGGCGCGGAGGACUCCGACACCACGAUGCCGCACACGGACCCAGAAACACUACAACCUGCAGAAUACCUCACAAAAGGCUUCUUUGAAAAAGCCAUAGAGGGCAUGGCAACUAAAUUGAUAGCCACAUGGCAAACGACCGCGGAACAGAUUAAGCGAGAGGUGAGGGAUCUCUCCAUGAGGACCACAUCUGUGGAGCAACACUGCACAGAACUAUCAUCGGCGCAAGAGGACCUGUCUCAACAACUAAAGGCCCUGCAAUGCCAAAUGGAACAUGUGGAAGCCCGAGUAGCGGACCAAGAAGACAGAGCUCGGCGCAAUAACCUGAGACUGCGCGGCGUACCGGAGACCGUCCUCAUGGAUGACCUGCCAAUUUAC